UUUCUUACACACUCAAACUACACACUUCACACACACACGAAAACCUCUCUCUCUUUCACGCUGUCUUCAUUUCCGUUCAAAUUCAAAAAAAUAAUACUAUAUAUAUAUAAAAAAAAAGAAUAAAAGGAAAAGAGGAAGAAAAGAAACGUUACCUUACCUUACCUCACCUGAAACUGGGUCCUCCUCAAAUGAUAUGCACUGGUUAGGUUUCAUUUUUUAGCUUCGUUUUCCGAUCCAUUUCCCGAACCAUCAUGGGUUGCUUAUUCACUUGCUUCAGAGUUCGCGAAAACAAGCGCCACCUCCCUAAAACUACUACACUGCCGCCUUCUCGUCACACCAAACCUAACGAUGUUGUGGUCUCUCGAAAUCGUUUGUCUUCUUUGUUUCUAUCUGAAGAGGGAGAAGACAAUGUGGGCCAUAAUGGGAAGAAUUUUGACGAGGGAUCUCAGAGAGAUGACAGGGAGCUCAAAGAUGAGGCCAAGUUUUUGAAAGCUUGUGGUACCAUAGCAAGUACCCCUGAUAAAAUUCAGAAAGCAUCGGAAAAACUGAAAGUGUCGCCUUCUUAUAGUAAAGAUUCUGGUCCUCCAAAGUUUCGUUCUUGGCUUCUCGAUUCAUCUGCUCAAAAUGUUCCAAUUGAUGUCCAACCAUUCAAUCCACCAACUCCCAAAAAACAGUGUGAAGAAUGGGAAAAAAGAACGGAAUGUUCGGACCACACACCAAGCAGCUGUAUCUCCAAUGCACACAAUACUCAAUGGGAUCAUCUUGACUCUACAGAAGGAAGUGGGUCUGGGAGCUGUCAUCCUUCCGAUGGGACUGAAAUGAAUAUGGCUUCUGUUUCACCUUGGCCAUCAACCACAUAUACUAAGGAAAGGAACAGGUCAACGCAUUUUGAAUGUGAGACUGAAAUUUCAUCCUGCGAGUCAUCAGAUUAUAGUGGAUGGCAUAUGAAGAAUACAGAGUCACCGAAUCCUACCCCAAUCAAGCUAUCUGAAGGGAUGCAAACUCCUGGAACUGUUUACCCUGCAAUUUCAAAAGAGUUGCCAAAUGGCAAGCCUCAAGUUAUGUCGCAGUUUGUGUAUCCAACUAGCAGCCUAGGUGAGGAUAUCUCUAAGAGCAAGAUACUUGAGGAAGAGGAACCUAUUUCUGUGCAAGAUUCAAGGAAACUGAGCGAAUCAAGUGAGCAGUCUCAAAAUGCAACUUCUACACCAGAUAAAGGGUUAAACAAAAUGCCUUGUGAAAAUGAAUUUAAGGUGGAAGAAAGCUUAUCUUCUUGGUUGAAGCCUGCAUCUGUCAUUUUGGAGGAGAGAAGCAAGAAAAUGGAGAUGGGCUAUAUUCACGUCCGCAAAACUCCUGCUGACAGGCCCAUCAUUGGGAUGGUUGCUGCACACUGGAUUGAAGAUGAACACUCUGAUGUUCCUCCUCCUAAGUGGUGGGAUGGCAACGGCAUACCAAAUUCGACCAACAAGUACAAAGAAGACCAGAAAGUGAGCUGGCAUGCUACGCCGUUUGAAGAGAGGUUAGAGAAGGCAUUAUCUGAGGAGACUGUCAUCUCUAAAAGGAAAGAUGUUUGUGGAAAACCAAUUGCUUUUGAUGAGAGUGAAGAAAGUGAUACUGCACUGUCUCAGUUGAAAUCUUCAACUCAUUCACAGUCUGUGGUGUCAUUUUAAUAUUCAACAUUUAAGUCCGAAUGCAAUGCUGAUUGGUUGGAACAAGCCCCUCCUCCAUUAAUCAAAUUUUGUGAUGCUAUAGAGCUGUGUGGCCUUCUUGUAUUGUACAUAAUUGAUGAGAUUGUUGGUCAAAUAUUGGGCAUUGGGAGAUUGGUCUUUAUCAGUUGAAAAAUUUCAAGCUGUUCAAUGUUGAUAUUAUAUAUGAACUUAAUUUCGGUUAAGAGCUUGUGGUGCCUGAAUGCAUAAACUUUGAUUAUGUUAGUCCUACCAGCCGAAAUAGACUUCAUGUGUCUUAUGGUUUGUGUACUAGAAAUUUAGAAAGAAUAAGAUAUGUUUGGUUCCCAUU